UCCACGUGAUGCCGUGUCCCUACUUGGCAUUGGCUGAGCGCGGUCACGUGCCGCAGGAGGCCGGCGAGGCGUGCGGUAGCGGUUGCCACGGCGACCGGCAGCGGCGGCGGCGGCCCACAGGUGUGUCGCCGGUGAGCCCCGGCGGUGCCGCUCGGCGAUGGGCGACGUGCUGGCUUACGAAGCUGAGCUGCUCGGGUUGGUCAGAGAGUAUUUGGAUUUUGCAGAAUUUGAAGAAACAGUGAAGGUAUUUGCAAAGGAAUGUAAAAUAAAAGGGAAGCCUCUACCCAAGACAGCAGGUGUUUCCUUGAGAGAUUCAAAAGCCUUGCCUGUUCAGAAAGAUUUGCUAACAGCGUUUGAAAAUGGUGAGCAGAAAGCUUUCUUCCAGCUCUGGGAGGAGCAUAUUUCAUCUUCAGUUCGGGACAAUGAACCAGCUGGUCAGAAGCUGGAGUUCUAUCUUCAUGUAUACUUUGCUACGUGCCCCUUGAAACACUCUGUGGGAAAGCCUGACAAAGCUGAACUUGAGGAAAGGAUUUCUCACUUUAAAGCAUACCUUGAAACAAAAGGAGCUGCACUGAGCCAGACUACGGAGUUUCUUCCCUUCUAUGCUUUGCCUUUCGUUCCCAACCCUAUGGUGCAUCCUUCUUUUAAAGAACUUUUCCAGGAUUCUUGGACAUUGGAUUUAAGGACAAGAUUGGAAAAGUUCCUGUCUCUGACUCUCAAAGCCAGCCAGACUCCCAGGCUUCUCACUUUAUUUAAGGAGAAUGGACAGUGCAACAAAGAAAUGUUGCAACAUCUUCAUCAACAGUUAGUGGAGUCUGAGCGCAGGACCAUGACCUACCUGAAGCGAUUUAACAAAAUGCAAGCAGACUACCAUAAUCUCAUUGGAGUCACUGCAGAGCUUGUGGAUUCCUUGGAGGCAACAGUCAAUGGCAAGAUGAUCACACCAGAGUAUCUUCAAAGUGUUUGUGUUCGCUUGUUUAGCAAUCAGAUGAGACAAAGUGCAGCACAAAGUAUUGACUUCACAAGGCCUGGAACAGGAUAUUACUCUAUGAGCCCUUGUGAUGACGGAUAUGCUUCCACAAUGUUAAGAGCAUCUAUAGCACCUGUAAAGAUGCAGGAUGUGCCAUUGUUGCCCUCUUUGGACUAUGAGAAGCUGAAAAAAGACUUGAUUACAGGGAAUGAUCGUCUCAAAGCUUUCCUACUGCAAGCUCUGCGCUGGCGCUUGACAACAUCAUAUCCUGGAGAACAAAGAGAUACGGUCCUGCAGGCCUACAUCAAUAACGACCUCCUAGAUUGCCACAGCAGCUGUCAGAGAAGUGUGCUUAAAUUAUUACAGUCUAAGAGCGAGGUAGUCAGACAGUAUAUGGCAAGGCUCAUCAAUGCUUUUGCUUCAUUGGCAGAAGGUCGUCUCUACCUUUCUCAAAACCCAAUGUUGCUGCGAAUGCUGGAGGAGAGACUGAAAGCUGAGGACAAGGAUUCCCUUACAUGGGAGAAUGUUCUGGGGGCUUUGCAGAAAUUCAGCCUCAGGCGUGCACUGCAGACAGCAAUGAUCAAAGAUGGGCUCAUUUUCUGGCUGAUUGAUGUUCUGACAGAUACAGAUAGCCUGUCUGAUUACACACUGGAGUAUUCUGUUGCCUUGCUCAUGAAUCUGUGUCUGAGGAGUGCAGGGAAGAAAAUGUGUGCAAGGAUCGCAAACCAUGUGCUCAAAGUUCUCUCUGAUCUUCUUGGCCAUGAGAAUCACGAGAUACAACCAUAUGUGAAUGGAGCACUGUACAGCAUUCUUGCCAUCCCUUCUGUCCGAGAAGAAGCCAGAGCAAUGGGAAUGGAAGAAAUUCUGCGCUGCUUUAUCAAGGAAGGAAAUGCAGAGAUGAUCCGGCAGAUUGAAUUUAUUAUCAAGCAGCUCAAUUCAGAAGAGCCAUUAAAUGACAGUGCUGUGUCUGAUGAUGAAGAGGAAGAAGAGGAUGAGGAAGAAGACCAUGACAUCAUGGAGGCUGAUCUGGACAAAGAUGAGAUUUUACAGCCUCAACUGGGAGAACUUGCAGGAGAGAAGCUGCUGACAACUGAGUACUUGGGAAUAAUGACUCAUACUCCAAAAACCAAGAAGAAGCUGUUUCCCAGUGUCCAUCAGAGUAUAGAUGAGCCUCUCCAGAGACCCGUGACACCAGGUUAUCACAGAACUGUGUACACAAUGCCAGAAAACGAUACCGUCUCUUGUCAUGAUAGGCAUGAGAAACUGCAGGCUCUGCCGAGUGGUUGUCCUCCUGUCUGUGGUGGGAGCAGGUCCAGCAUUUCUGACCUCUGCAUUUCCUCUUCGUCAAUUGAGACGAAGUCGUCCAAAGUAUUCUCAUCAGGCCAUAGAACGGACCGAAGCAUCCCGGGAGGUGACAAUAUCUUGUCUUCUCGAUCUACUGACUCCAGCCAGGACAAAGUAGAUGGGCAAUCUCAUAGCGAGUUUUUCUCGGCCUUUACCAGCAAACCUAAGAUCCCUCGCACUCCUGAAGUGCAGAGUGCCAGCCCCAGAAAGGGAAAGAUCCCGACCAUUGCCCCGCAGUUUUCUCAGUCUGGUCCCCAGCAGACAAGCCGUCCAAAUUCCUCGGGAUCAUCCACAAGGAGCAGACAGAGCAGCCAGUCCUCCAGGAAGUGAGAACAGUUCCUUUCCUCAAGAAUCACCUGUCACUUUACUGAAGGGCAGAGGCAGCUUCCUGUAAUGAGCUUAACUGGCGACCUACUGAGAAGAGGUUAUUAACAUUGCACGGCGUGUGCCCUGCAUGGUGAUUCAGGGAUUAUCUGAUGGGAUGCAUCUGUAGUCAUCUCUAAAGCUGGCUAAGACAAAGGCCUUGUUACAAUUCAAGGUCUCAGCAGGUGCCCACAACUGAUACGGUAGAUGGAUAUAGUCCCAGCGUCUCUGAUAGUUUAUUCUAAAGUGACAUUGCUACCUCCAGAAGUCUCUUGCUCUCUGCUUUUUGUGUCAGAGUAAAUGGCCUUUGGAGGUGGUCUGUAGGGCUCAGCACAGGAGUCUGGCCAAGCAACUGUCUUGUUUACAUAUUGCUUACUGAACGAGUCUGUAACUUGCUUUAUUUAAAUUAUGCUGUUGUGAAUGAGUUAGGAGAUAUCUGUGUUCAAAGGAUCUGCAUCUGCACGAGGAAGGAAAGUGUACGCUAUCUAUGUAGAGCCUCACUGCCUGGAGCAGUUCUAUGUGGAGUGAGAUCUGUGUUUGACCACCAGAGACUGAAGAGAAAGUAUUUUAUCAACUUCUGAAUGGCCUGAGGCAGUUGAAAAACUGCAUGCCAGUGACCAAAGCACCAUCCAUCCAUGCUUAUCUCUGAGGAUCUGAUCAGCAGGUUUAUCUGCAGCAAUUAUUCCUAUUCAUUCAUUUUUUUCCCCCUUAAUUUUGUUUCUUAACAUUUGUGGAAUUCAUAAUUCAUUUUCCACUGGAAUUUAGAACUUUCUUCAUUCAUUCUUCAUUCAUAGGAGAAACCAUGAGAUGUGAACAGAUUAGAAACCGUGUUCUCUUCAUGUGUGGCUGUGGACAAUGUUCUUUUAUUUUAAAUUCUUCACUUCUGAACAGUGAUUGGUUAUGUCUUUAUGAAAUUUAUGCUCGUCUUCAGUGAAUACAAAGUGCGAGAGGGAUAGGCGAGAGAGAUCAGGAAGCCCUUUGCUAAAUCAAAAUCCAGCAGUUAGUUCUGCCAGUAACUUGUGAAGCC